AUGGCAGAGACAACACCAGCAGGUGACGUCGGCCGCGUCGCCUUCAUCCCGCUCGAGGCCAACCCGCAGCUCAUGAGCGACCUGCUGCACAAGCUCGGCCUGUCGGCGGAGCUGGGCGUGCACGACGUCUACAGCCUGCACGACGCCGACAUGCUCGGCUUCGUGCCGCGGCCCGCCCUCGCCCUGCUGCUCGUCUUCCCCGUCUCGGCCGCGUACGAGAGCUACCGCCUCGCCGAGGACGCAACCAUGCCCGACUACGCCGGCAAGGGCGACGGCGAGCCCGUCGUGUGGUUCCGCCAGACCAUCCGCAACGCGUGCGGCCUCAUGGGCCUGCUGCAUGCCACGGCCAACGGGCCUGCUAGGGAGUUCAUCCAGCCCGACUCGGACCUAGACAAGCUCCUCAAGGAGGCCGUCCCCCUCCCGCCGGACCAGCGCGCCCGCCUGCUCGAGACGUCCCGCUCGCUCGCGCAGGCGCACCACUCGGCUGCCAGCCAGGGCGACACGGCCGCGCCGCAGGCGACCGACGACGUCGACCUGCACUACGUCUGCUUCGUCAAGACCGCCGACGGCACGCUGUGGGAGCUCGACGGCCGGCGCAAGGGACCGCUCGAGAAGGGGAAGCUGGAGAGCGGCGAGGAUGUCUUGAGCGAGAAGGCGCUCGCGCUGGGGCCGCUCAAGUUCCUGGACAGGGCGGGCGAGGACCUGCGGUUCAGCGCUGUGGCGCUUGCGGGGAGUGUGGAUUAG